AUGCUCCAACAACAACCACAGCUUGCUCCAACCACAACCACAGCCCCUCCAACCACAACCACAACAGCUCCAACCACAACCACAAGUGCUCCAACCACAUCCACAGCACCUCCAACAACAACAACAGCACCUCCAACCACAACCACAGUUGCUCCAACCACAACCACAACUACAGCCAGUCCAACAACAACCACAGUAGCACCGACCACAACCACAAGUGCUCCAACCACAACCACAGCAGCUCCAACCACAACCACAACAGCUCCAACCACAACCACAGCAGCUCCAACCACAACCACAGCCUUUCAACCAGUCCCGGCUACUAACACAACUACAACUACUACAACUGAAUCUCCUGCUGCAGUUUAUUAUGUUGGAGUGGUUGUUUUCAUACCAUUUAAUGAAGAUCUCAAAAAUGAAACAAGCCAACAAUUUAUGGACCUUGCAAAAAGGAUCACAGCAGUAUAUGACAUGCUCUACAGGAAAGCUUUCGGAGCCCGCUUCAUCCGUAGUUAUGUCAUUGCAUUUAGAGUUUCUUUAGCAUCCCGAAUUCGAAUGAAUGUCACAGAAGCAGAAGUUGGGGUGGAGUUUAACAAAACCACUCCACUGGUGGAACUCCCAAAGAACGAAGUAGUACAAAAAACGUUAGCAGAUGCUAUAGAUACAGCCAAUAACAACACUAUCAUGGAUGUCCCAUUUUCACCUGGCUCUGUCGAAGUAAUACGCUCACCUUUGCCAACCACAUUACCCACCACAAAUUCUACAGUCACUACCAUGGCUCCAAACUCAACUACAACUACUACAGCUAAACCAACAACCAAAACCACAACUACAACUACUACAGCUAAACCAACAACCAAAAUAACUCCAACUGUGGAGGCAAUAAUCACAAGGAAACUGACUUUCAGGUCUCGUGGCGAGACUUUCACCACUGAUUUGCUGAACCCAUCAUCUGCCGCAUUUAAAAGUCGAGCUGCACUUAUAAAGUCAUAUCUUGAACCUCUCUUCCAGCGAGAGUUUUCUACGUUACGCGACUUCAUUGUAACUUCAUUCAGCAACGGAUCCAUUAUCAACAACAUGAACCUUAAAUUCUCAGCAGCGUUUGCACCUAGCAACAUUCAAAUUGCAGAGGUUUUGCUGAAAGCAGCUUUGAAUGUCACAACUUUCAACAUCGACACUGGUUCUAUUCUUGUGGAUGACACAGCGGUAUCGAGUGGAGUAAGCCACAACAUCAGCCUCAUCACUGCACUCAGCUUGGUCCUGUUGUCAUGGCUUCUUUCAAACCAGCAAUAAUGACUCUGCUGGUUUCCAGAGGAAGAUGUACUGGAAAAUGUCAAUUUUUACUGGUGUGAAGAAGGACAUUCUAAAAAUUCACUCAUGACACUUUAAAACUUUAAAAGCAUUUAUUGAAACUUGA